AACAUAAACAUGCUGAUCAUAUUGUAUUUACUGCUGGUGCUCCGACUGGGCCGCUCAACUGAUGCUCUGAUCUUUGAGACAAACACUGCUGUUGCUGGAGACGAUGUGAUUUUGAACUGUACUCGAGAGACAACAGACUAUGAGGCAGACUUAUUUUGGAUCAGGCUUGUUUCAGGGAAACCACCUGAGGUCCUGGGAGGAACAUAUUCAUUUGAUUAUGACAAGGUUCUAAGGACUUUACACUUUACAACAAGACAAGAACCUGGAAGCUUUUUACUGGAAAUUAGUGGAGCAGAAAAAAGUGAUGUUGGAGUUUACUAUUGUCUGAAAGUGAAACAACUGAACAUGACGUUUGUCAAAGGAGUGUUUCUGAGAGUAAAAGGACCAGAACCCGACGUCACUGCCAUCAUUCAACACCCUCCAUCAGACCCAGUCCGUCCAGGAGACUCGGUGACGCUCCAGUGCUCAGUCGUCUCUGACUCGCACAACAACUCGUGUCCAGCAGUUCACAGUGUUUACUGGUUCAGACCUGGACCGGGAGAAUCUCAUCCCAGCGUCGUUUACGCUCCUGGAAGCGGUGGUGGUGAAUGUGAGAGGAGGCCUGAGGCUGGUUCUGCACAGACAUGUGUCCAGAGCUUCUGUAGGAACGUCAGCUCCUCUGACGCUGGGACUUAUCGCUGCGCUGUGGCCACGUGUGGACACAUACUGUUUGGAACAGGAACAAAGGUGGACGUUAAAGCUUCAGCUCCACAGGCAGCCACUGUAAUUCAGAUUGUGUUGUCUGCUGCCUUGACAAUAAGCCUGGUUGUUAACGUCUUCCUCAUUCAUAAGAUCAACAGGAAAACCUGUGAUGGAUGCGCUGCUGCUCCACAAACAGCCAGUGGUGAUGAGAGGAGUCAACAGAGCAAUGAAAGGCGUGUGACCUACUCUGCCCCAUCCUUCACUAAGAGGAGGACUGACCAAUCAGAGAGAAGCAAUGCAAAUCUAAAGCAGACAUUUUACAGUGAUGUGAUGUACGUUGGAAAUAAAUGAACAACCAAAUGUGUACAUCUACUGAUGAAAAAGUAAUAAUUUCAAUUAAUAUCUGACACUCUGUCUUAUAUUAAAUUGGUUCAUUGCUAUACUUUUGUAGUUUGUGUGACACCUAUAAAGUGCCUGUUUGUGCUGCGCUGCUCUGUCAGUAGAUUAAUAAUAACAGAUUUAUAAAGGCUCCAACCCUCCUACGCGACAGAGAAUCUCUGUGGUUCCGCGUCUCUUUCAAGUCAUUAUAACAGUUAUUUGUCUGUGGUUACGACAUGUAACCUUGUGGUAAUUUUGGUCUAGUUUUUGUGCUUAUUUUUUUUUAGUUGUUCUAUUUCUUUUGUGGUUGUGUAGCGUCUGUUUAUAUUUUACUUGCCGUUUAGGCCUUUGAGCCUAAAAAGUGAAAAGUGGAAAGUGAAAUCAAAACCCAUGUAAAGAGUCAUAGGUAGCCUAGUGUAGUUGGUGUGUGCAGUAAAUAUGAAGCAGAUACCUGUCAGUCAUGUAGUUCAUCAACAGUAGAUGAGACACAAAACAGGAUUUUGUUCAGAAGAACAAUCAGUUCAACGGUUUUAUAUUUUCUACCGUGUGUUUGAUCCUUUUUUCUCCCUCUGAUGUCAAAGGUCACCGUGGCAGAGCAGCAGCUUCCUGCUCUGCUCUCAUCCCCAGUUAGAGGUUGUGGCUGUAGCUGUAGUUUAGUCAUAUUAUGAGUCACUUCCUCUGUGUUGGACGACAGCUCUGCUUUCACUGUCUGUGCUAAUCUGUCCAUCUGUACAUCUGUGUUAUGAGACGUUUGUCUUCCUGAGGAUCACGGGGCCAUGGAGCCCAUACCAGCCACAUCCUGAACUGUCGUGUAGAGCAAAACGCACACAAUCUUCAUAUUAGAUGCAUGUAUUGCUAAAUGAUGUGGAGCUCAGGUCUGAAAGCCUCCUUCUUCUUUCACAUCACCUCUCCCAUGCAGCUCUGACACGAGCUGUGGCGACCGUUUCUCUGGCCUGAGCAACCACUGAAACUACUGACUCAUAUCAGACCUGGCUCCAGCUCAGGCCUCUUAGUGAGAAGCGCUGCUGAGGCUUCAGCAGCUCAUUUUAACUUUGAAAUUACUCUUUCCAUUCACCUGCUACUAUUUGUCUUAGAUGCAGCAAUAUCUAUGUAUAAUACCAACAAACUUGAAAUACAGGA